GCCGCGGGGCCAGCGCGGGCGCAGGGUCGCUGGAGGAGAGGCUGCUGCUGCUGCUGCUGCUGCUGGGGCAUGCGGGGAGAUGAGGCUCAAGCCCGGCAGCAUCGUGACAUUUCUGUGCCUCAGCGCCGCCUUCUCCUUUGUCUGCUUCACCGCCUGGAGCAGGAGCGGAGUAUUUCCAGAGCCGAGACAGGAGCCGCCACGUGGAACAUUGUGAUGUCAUGCAAGCAGUCCUGCUGCAAGCCAUAGAACAAAACAAUUUCCAGUUGCUGCUGACAGUGGUGAAGCACAGUUUCUGGUCCCUGGAAACAGGCACUGACUGGUGGGAUCGCAUCGUUAUGCAGCUAUGGGAUGAUGAGCAGUAGCUGCAGAGCUUUUGAAUGCAGAAGGCCACUUCCCAGGAACUUUGUGCAGAGCUUUUCCCCAGCCCUGAAGCACAGCAACACUAAAACAAGACCUGCUCUGACAGUGGAGAAAUGAUAAAAUAACCAUUGAUGAUGCUGAAAUGCCAAUAGUGAUCCAGGAAAACCCAGCCUACCGCUUGCUGCCAUGGCUCAUGAAGCUGUACACCGGCCACCUGGACAGCAGAAGUGGCUUAGACAUGUACCAAACCCAGUUUUUGGAACUUCAUCAAAGAUUGUUAUAUGCCGAAAAAGAAAAUAAAAAAAGAUCCCAUGAGUUGAGCAUUGUCCUGGAUGCAGUUAAACGGGUAGUUGCGGAGAGACUGAACUCUACAGCAAAUCAUACAGAUGCCAUGAAGUGGAAAGUGUUAAAUCUCACCAGCAAACUCCCUUUGCGUCUUACAAACAUACACUACUACCUACCUCACCUCCGGGAGCAUGAAAACAGCCUUUAUCCAAAUGUUGUCAUUGGACAAGGGAGAACUGGAGUCUCCCUGGUGAUGGGUAUUCCUACUGUGAAAAGGGGAAAACAAAGUUAUCUGCUGGGCACGUUGAACUCUCUCUUCUAUGAGAUGUCUGCAGAGCAGAAGAAUGAUUGUGUAGUGGUUAUCUUUGUAGCAGAGGUGAAUGCAGAGUAUGUUAACAGUAUUGCAGAAAGUGUUAGAACCAGCUUCCCUAACGAAGUGCAGUCGGGCGUUCUUGAGGUUAUUUCCCCUGUUGCUUCCUAUUACCCAGACUUCUCCAAUCUCAAGGAAACAUUUGGAGACUCAAAGGAAAGAGUAAGGUGGAGAACUAAACAGAAUUUGGAUUAUAGCUUUUUAAUGCUAUAUGCACAACCUAAGGGAACAUUUUAUUUACAGCUAGAAGAUGAUAUUGUAGCAAAACCUCAGUACAUUCAGAAAAUAAAAAACUUUGCUCUUAAACAGCCAUCUGAUGAGUGGAUGAUUCUUGAAUUCUCUCAGCUUGGAUUUAUUGGAAAGUUGUUUAGGACUAAAGAUUUACCACUCAUAGUAGAAUUCUUUUUAAUGUUCUACAAAGAUAAGCCCAUAGACUGGCUUCUAGACCACUUUCUCUGGGUUAAAGUAUGCAAUCCAGAAAAGGAUCCAAAACAUUGUGAACAGCAAAAGGCUUAUUUACGUAUCCGUUCUAAGCCAUCUCUUUUUCAGCACGUGGGAAUUCAUUCAUCUUUGGUUGGAAAAAUACAGAAUUUAAAAGAUAAAGAUUUUGGCAAAAACAUGCUACAUAAAGCACAUGUUAACCCCCCUGCAAAAGUGACUACCAGCCUAAGAAUAUUCCAGCAUUAUACUUUGGAAAAGGCUUAUGAAGGAAUGGACUGUUUUUGGGCUUUUUCUCCAGUGGCUGGAGAUUAUAUCUUAUUCACUUUUUUACAGCCAUUGAAAGCAGAAGGGUACCUCUUUAGAAGUGGAAACAUGGAACACCCUGGUGAUAAACUGUUUAACACUACUGUAGAAGUUUGGCCUGCUGCUGAAACAGAAUUAUUAAAAGAUGCAGUAGGCAAUGGAGGCAAAGUUAACGACCAAACAACCAAAGAUGGAUAUUUAAAGAUCGGUACAUUUGAUAAUGGAAUAGCAGAAGGCAUCAUCAGUCCAUCAGUAGGAAAAAUACAGGCUAUUCGUUUAUCUAUCCAUUCUGAUUCUCCUGUGUGGGCAUUACUGAGUGAGAUAUUGAUCAAGACUUCCUGAAAAUACAAAACUGCAGAAAAUCACAUUUUUGAUGUGUCUUUUCUUAAGGAUUGCUUUGAAAACCAGGCCACCUAGUGGUAGCAACAAAUGGUCUGCUGGGAAAAAAAAUAAACCCUUGUGUACUAUUACUACUACUACUUAAUACUGUGUAUUAAAAAGUGGGGGGGGGGGGACCUAAAAUUUUCUUUGAAGGGCUUGAAUAUUUAAAAAACAAAUCUAUAAAAUGUUCCUGGUAGACCUUUUAGAAACAUAAAUGCUUUAUUAAUUUGAAUACAUAGACAUAUCACAGGGAGUGACCACUACACUACUGUAAAAUUAAAACAAAAUAGUCAUUGUUAAAGACAAGAUGUUAUAAGACCUCCCACAGGGAACAUAACAUUAAAGUCCUUAUUCCAAAUUCAGUCCCACCAGAAAUAGGGACAUUCGGGAGAAAAAAAACAACACUUUUUAAAUUCCUUUGAAAUAUAUUGACAGAGCAUUUUGGAGGAGAAGUGGAACAGAGUGGGAAAACAAUCAAUAUUUUGCUAUAAUACAAUAUAAUAUAAUAUAGGAAAAUCCAUCCUAACUAGGGACAGUUUAUCAAUAUGGAGAGCACAUUGAAGUUUUAUGAUGAUUUGAGGGUGCUUUCUGUUAACUAAUAUUUCAGCCUUGAAGCCCAUUUAGGAUGGGGUAUGUUUAGUACCUAUUAAAUAGAAAGCCCCUUUAAGUUAUCAUUUAAAUAAUAUUAAUCUUAAACAGUUUUUCUUCAGUGAAAUAUACACUACACUGUAAAAUUGUACACUGAAUUAAUUGUAAACAAUAAAUUAUUUCCUGAAUUGUAUGUGCUGGUACUUAAAUCCUAGUCACAAAGAGGCACAACUUAGUAUAAAUUUUAAAUUAAAAAUAUAAACAGGAGAAGCUCCAUUUAAAAUGAAUAUAAUAAGGAAUCCAUAAUACACAGUCAGGUCUGGUGUUAGUGGCAGACUUCAUACACAUACCUCUUUAGCAUGAAGUGUGCAUACUGUGUGUCUCUCACACAGAGUCAUUGCACAUACUACCAAAAAAUAACUACUUUACACCAGUUUUGCAGCAGUGUAACUCCACUGACAUCACUGUGGGCCCACAUGUUUCUAAACAAAAUAAUAAUAAAUUUAGAGCAAGAUAACUUCAUUUAAAAUACACUUUCUUUACAUUGUUUGAAACAGAUCAGCAGUUCAUGGUCUUUUUAAAAAAAAUCUUGUUUUAAUAUUAGAAUAUUGUUGAUAAUGUAUGCUAUUAAGUAAACAACAUUCUGAGAUUUACAUUUGUGUCAUUUAACCCUAAGCAGGGAGCAGUACAGAACUGUAUACCUAAGGGGGAAGGAUUGUUCCCAGCUUGCAAGGAGUAUGUGCUCUUGCUAUGCUAUUCCUUAGGACAUUGCAGCUUGAUCACCUGGCGCACCCAGGCAGUAAUAUAAGAUGGGGUGGGUCCAUACGUCUGCCUCUUCCUCAUCCCUUUUUAGGCAAUUUCCAGUGAGGUUCCAAUCUUGCAAAUAUGGACACACAUGAGAAAUUUUAGUUGCAUAUAUAAUCAGGGAUUUACAUGCAUGUUUGCAAGACUGGGCCCUCACUGUGGAGCCUUGUGAUCUGCAGAGUCUGCAGACCACACCUGCUCCCCAUUCUAUGGUGCAACAAACCACUCUGCUUAGUGGGAAGAUGCAGAGGAAACUGUGAGGGGAAUUUACCCUCAUCUGUGUCUAAUAAGUGAAGCAUGAUUAAACGAAGUGAGAUUAAUAUAGAUUAAAAAAAUCUUCUGUUUAGGCAAUGAAGAUGUAGGUAUAUACUGUACAAUAUACAGUAUGGUACAGCAUACUACCAUUCUCAUUAAAAACAUUUAAUGAGCCAAAUGUUGCAGCCUUCAGAAGGCCUCGAAGGUAAUGGAACUAGGUUAGUUCACUCAGUGUUACAGAAGUUCAAGCUGCACAGAAUUCACGCCCUUCUUCACCUGAAACACUGUAGCAUCUCCAAGGAAAACACACACUUCCACGGGGUACCUGCAUUCCAGAAAGACACAAGCAUGUGAUUGAGGCCCAAACUUUUCAUUUUUCUGUUCACUGGCCUUUAGAAACCCCAGUCAAUGUGAAAAUGUUUAAACCAAGCUUAUUUUCUGACAGGUUUCAGAGUAGCAGCCGUGUUAGUCUGUAUUCGCAAAAAAAAAAAAGGAGUACUUGUGGCACCUUAGAGACUAACCAAUGUAUUUGAGCAUGAGCUUUCGUGAGCUACAGCUCACUUCAUUGGACGCAUAAUUAAAGUGGAAAAUGCAGUGAGGAUGUUUUUAUACACACAGACCAUGAAAAAAUGGGUGUUUAGUUCUAAAGUGCACUGCAGUUUUUGGGACAGUAUUCUCUGUUAAAAUGACACUGGGUCCCAGGAUCGUUAUGUACAUCUUCAGGUUUUCUGUCAGAAUCCUGCAAUGCUAAACCUGAGUUUUUAAUUGACUGCAGUUUCUAUAGUGUGAAUCACAUGUUAUAUUGCGGUCUGCUCCUCCUCCCAUUGAAAUAAAGGGAAGAACUGAUAAGAAGAAGCAUGGCCUCCCAGAACCUUUUGUCAAUUAAGUGCCUGAUCCAACAAGGUGCUGAGUGCCUCCUGCAAGGUGCUAAACACUCUGUUGCCACGUUAAAUGCCCCCCUGAACUUGGUGCGGGGAGUGGCACGGUCUAGGAAAAUAUUUAGGUAAGCUGUAAACCACUGAAAAUAGACCUAGAAUGAUAGUGCCUUGUAGUUUAAGCUAGUAUAAUUCUUUUGCUACUUAAAAGAACCCUCUUUUUUUUUUCCCUUCAAAUAAACUGCCCUUAAACUUUGAAGUAAAAUGUCAGAAAGUUCACAAUGCUUUGAUCAACCUGAAUUCUUCAGGGGUAACUAGCUGCACUGCUGUAGAAAUUUUUCCUUCCAUGCAGUCAACCUUCUAUCUAGUCUAAUCUGCCUACUUAUGUUCUUAUAUGUUCCCCAUCAUUGUGAUAUCUGGGAGCCUUAACCAUUCACUUUGAGGAAGUACAGGCACAUUAUAAAUAUUAAAUUAGUGUAAGUAUUGCUUAUAAAUAGUGACUAUUGUGGGCCAAACUUUGUUUCAAACCCCUCCCGCAGUGAGCUGUGUGUGGCCAGAGAGGUCUGUCUGUACAAAACUUAUUGCAGAAUCAGAGCCCUAAUCACCCUGGUGUAAAGCCAAACUAACUGGAUCAUUGGAGUUACUCUGGAUUUUCAUUAAGGGUAAUUGAGAACUGAGUUUCAUACUCUAAAUUUUCUGAUACCUAAAAGGUUGUUGUCACAGUAACAGUAAACUUGAGGCUGUGUUGUGAGCUGCAGGAGAUACAAAUCACAGAAUUCUAGCAGGUUAGUGUUAAAGUUUGGUGUCAGCAGGCCUGAUUCUGCUCUUCAUUACAGUGGCGAAAGUCCAGGGUAACUUCACUGAAAUAAACAGCAACUCUGGAUUUAAACCAGUGUAAAUGAGAACAGAAAUCUGGCUCAGUAAUCAAAAUUUCCUACUGUAGCUUCACAUUAUGUAUUUUACAUUAAAGCUAACAGUGGAAGCUACAAACCUGCAACUCCAGGGAAUUAACUCCAUAGUUUUGCCCCUCCAUAUACGAGUUUAGCUCAAAAGAAGAGGCUAUUGAACAGGCAGUACAUUCAUGCUGACCCUUCAAACUGUGACUCAAACCUGAGAGUUGCACUGCAAACCAGAGCACUGAACCAAGAGAACUUACAUAAGAAAUGUCUGGGGACAGUGACAUGGCUGUUGUAGAAUCCCCUGGUGGGCUCAUAAAGAACUGGCAAUGGUCCCACCUACACAUUUGUCAGCAAGUGCCAGGGAAUUGCAACAGAGCUGGCUGAUACUUGAAAGAAGUGGAAAAAGAGGAUAAGGAACAUUAGAUCAUAUGAGACCUCAUAGAGAAAAAAAGUAUUCUUUGUAUUAUACAUGUGUAUUAUAUAAAUAUUGUAAACACAAAGCAUGAAGGAAAGAUUGUAAAUGCCAGUUACAAAAAUAAAACAUAAAAUGGCAAAAUGUCAGAUUCCAAAGCAGGGCACUGAGCUCUUUCAGUAAGAAAUACUAUUUUAGUACAAGCACUAUAUUGCCUUAAUGAGGUUUUAAAAAAAAAUUCUCCAAAACACAGGCUACCUCAGACUCAUUACACACAUUAAUAAUUAGUUUAAAAGAUAUGGAAAAAACUUCAGACAAAUACUUACAUACUAAUGAUGCUUGUUCAACCUAUUUGAUUUUAUUUAAGUGCAAUGAGAAAGUGACUGACCUCUAGUGCCUAUGUUUUAGCAGUCUGGUUUUAGAUUUUUUUUAUUUUCCCCAUGGACUUUUAAAGGAAAAUCCUAAAAUCUGGUUAGGUCUAAAAGGAAUUAUCCAUCUGGUUUUAUUAAUUUCUUUGUUGAAUUAUUUAUUGAUAUCUUAAGGUUCUAUGCUCUGCAGGAAAAAUUCUACCGUCCUUCAUUAUGUGACCAGUUGCAUAAGUAAGGGAAGCUCCAUGUGGUCUUGAUACCUGUGCAUAACUACUGUUAACACCAAUAGGCAUGCACUCUGAGAAGAGAACAGAUCCCUCUGAGACAAGAGUAAUCCUUCAGAUAUAAUUGAGAUAUGUAGGCCAAACAAAUUAAUACAGUCUUGUAAUUAUUUAGAUUAAAAUAGAUCUUUAAAAAUAUCUGAAUUAAUGUACAGACCACACAUGGGAGUUCCACCUUCCACAUCCACUCUUCCUCUUUCUCCAUUACUUAUAAAUCAUAAUCUUUGUAGAUGUUUAACUCUAUUUUUUAUGUUGCAUAAACUGUUUGUCUUGUCAGGGUAUUUCUAUGUUUUGUAAACAUCUGUACAUGUCUUAUUUAUUGCAAUAAAUAAAUUUUUCUCCAGA